AUGACUGAGGAUAAAUCACAAGUUAGAUUGAAGUUUUUCACCCGUGAGCAGGAUGAAUCAUUGCAUGUUCAGGAUACGCCCAUCUAUGCUCCAAUUUCACUAAAAAGAUACGGUCUGUCUGAGAUCGUUAACCAUCUUUUGGAGUUGGAAACUGCUGUCCCAUUUGACUUUUUGAUCGAUGGUGAGCUUUUGCGUACUUCUUUGCAAGAUUAUCUAACCAGGAAAGGUUUGUCUAGUGAAAGUUCAUUGAACGUGGAAUAUACAAGAGCUGUGCUUCCGCCUUCUUAUCUGGCAAGUUUCAAUAACGAGGACUGGAUAAGUUCUAUCGACGUCGGUGACAAACACAUUAUAAAUGGUUCUUAUGAUGGGAUUGUGAGAACUUGGAAUCUAUCAGGUAAAGUUGAUAAGCAAUAUAGUGGUCAUUCAGGUCCUAUCCGUGCAGUGAAAUACAUCUCAGACACAAGAUUGGUUUCUGCAGGUAAUGACCGUACGUUGCGUCUAUGGAAGACUAAGCACGACCAAGUUGUUCAGGAUGAUGAUGAUGAGGAAAAUAUUGAGGAAGGUAAGACUUUGGCUAUUCUUGAAGGUCACAAGGCACCAGUGGUAUCCGUUGAUGUCUCGAAUAACUCGAGAAUUUUGUCUGGUUCAUAUGAUAACUCUAUUGGUUUCUGGUCUACGAUUUACAAAGAAAUGAUUACAGUCGACCCCAUGGAAGAACUCACAAAUAGUACCAACAACAAGAUCUCUACCGCUGCAAGAAAGAGAAGAAAGAUGUCAAUGAAGGAUGGGUCCAUCAGAAGACGUGGUCCUUUGUCGCUGUUACAGUCCCAUACGGGACCAGUCGAACAAGCUAAGUUCGACCUGACUGACAACACUGUGGGUUACUCGGUCUCGCAGGAUCACACAAUAAAGACUUGGGAUUUGGUGACAGCACGUUGUGUCGACACAAAGACUACCUCGUACUCGUUACUCUCAAUGGUUCAAUUGCCUAGUCUACAUUUACUCGCGUGUGGUUCUAGUGCAAGACACAUUACUCUACAUGAUCUACGUGUUGACUCUUCUGCAAAGAUUACUCAACAACAACUAAUUGGUCAUAAGAACUUUGUUGUGUCCCUGGACACUUGCCCCGAGAAUGAAUACAUGCUAUGCUCGGCAUCUCAUGACGGUACGGUCAAAGUUUGGGACGUCAGAGCAACGUCUCCUAUGUACACUAUCACUAGAGAGGAUCCAUCGGUUCAAAAAGGUAUCAACGAUAAGGUUUUCGCCGUCAGAUGGGCAAAGGAUGUUGGCAUUAUCAGUGGAGGUCAAGAUAAAAAGCUUCAAAUAAACAAAGGUGAUAAUAUUUUUAAGAGCUAG